AAUGCUCCAGAAGAUUCUGCUAUUAUACUUCAUGCUUGUGCUCACAAUCCUACUGGUGUUGAUCCUACACAGGAGCAGUGGAAACAAAUUGCUGAUUUAAUGGAGAGAAAGAAAUUGUUUCCAUUCUUUGAUUGUGCUUAUCAAGGUUUUGCAUCUGGUGAUCUGGUAAAAGACAGCUGGGCUGUUCGUUAUUUUGUAAGCCGAGGAUUUGAACUUCUUUGUGCUCAGUCAUUUGCCAAAAAUUUUGGCUUAUAUAAUGAAAGAAUUGGAAAUUUGACAAUUGUUUUUAAAGAUCCUGCUGCAAUAGUUAACUCUCGUGCACAAAUUACUCUUCUAGUAAGAGGCAAUUACUCAAAUCCUCCUUGUCAUGGUGCUCGUAUUGUAUCGACUGUGCUGAAUAACCCAGCUCUUUUUGCAGAAUGGCAAGAUCACAUAAAGGAAAUGUCUGGAAGAAUCAUUAAAAUGCGAGCAGCCUUGAAGCAAAAACUGGAUGAACUGGGUACACCAGGAAAUUGGGACCAUAUUACAAAUCAAAUUGGAAUGUUUUCAUAUACUGGCCUUAAUCCUCAACAAGUACAAUUCUUGGUUGGAGAGAAACACAUUUAUCUUCCGAAAGAUGGAAGAAUCAGUAUUUGUGGACUGAAUUCGCAUAAUGUGGAAUAUGUUGCUAAGGCUUUUCACAAAGCAGUUACGAAAUUUCCUGACAAUUGAGCUUCAUAAUAUCAUACUAGACACACUUUGUAUAGUUGAUACUUGUAGAUGAAACUGUUGCAUUUUUAGAUAAUAUAUUUUAUUGUGUUAUUGAAUAAAAUUAUGGAAUUUUUUA